CUCUAUAAAUAUAUGAUAAUGUACUUUGGAGAAGUCACAUACAACACAGAAAAAAAAAAGGGAGCUAAUCACUAGUCAAUCAAAAACAAAUAGAAAAAUAUUAAAACCUUUGUUUUUGCCGGCGAUCAUGGCUUACACAAACAAAGUUAAGGCAGCGGCUGCGGUUGCCACAGUGGUGCUGUUUCUAGCGGUUACGAUCGCGGAUGCACAGUCUAUGCCGCCAAUGCCAAAGCUGAAUCCUGUGUGUGCGUUGGCGGAUCUCCCACACAUCAUCGAACUUUGCUACUUUAAUUUGGAUUUGAAGCCAUCUGAAGAAUGCUGCACUGAUCUCAAAUCGGCGGGCAGCACGCAAGUGACUUGUCUCUGCGACAACUUCCUUGCACAUCCUUCCAACGCUAGCGUCACCCAAGCUCGCUACGACCUAGUCCACGAGGCCUGUGGCGUUUUCGAGAAAUAUGCCUGUAAAGGAGGAGACGCCAACGGAGGAUCAACGAACAUGAUUGCUGCAUCAAUGGGUCUAUUUGGUUUGGUUGCAAGUUUCUUCUUUUAAUUUAUUUCAAUUUGGCCUUCCAAAUUCUAUGUAAUUCUGCGAUUUCUGGGAUGUUUAUAAAAGAUAUUCACAUAUGUUUUUGUAAUGUAAUAAUGCUAUGAUUGUUUUUUACUCA